GGUUAGGUUAGGUUAGAACGUGCGUCCCCACUGAACUGGCAUCCUCUUAACACAUAAGUACCGAGAAAAGUUUGGAUGUAAAGAAUAUCACUCCAUUCUGUUACUCUAUCUUUCCUAAAGUAGGCAUGGUUAGUAUUUACUAAGUGCCAUCUUUCAUCCUGUCAACUAUACAUACACGCAUUAACUUUUUGACACGUGCAUCCAAUAAUUAAGGAUAAAUGUAAUUGUUAAUGGUUGCCGUUAUGUCCAUCUUGCGUUCCGCAUUCUGACAGAACAUUGGGUCGGCCAAGUUGACUCCAUGUUUUCCUAUUCUGCCGCAUCUGAUCUUCCUCCAGAUUUCUCUGACUGCCUCUGCAUCUUCCUUUACCUGGUCUCUCCAUCUCUUUCUUGGAUGUACUGCUGGCCUUUUUCCCUGUAAUUGUUUAUUGAAAAUUUCUCUUGGAAGAUCCCCAUCCUUUUCAAAAGUCCAAACCAUCUCAAUGUAUGAGGGGAGUCCAAUAUUAAAGGUACAGGCCAAAAUUACACUAACAUUUAUAAGUAAAGAAAAUAUUUAAUACAUUCCACAAAAUCUACAUAUUUUUGUUUAUUUCUCAACAUAAUUGCCUGGGAUAAAUGUCUCAACUUAAAUGUUGAGACACUUAUCCCAGCAUGACUCCAGUUUGAAACAUUCCUUCACAGUACUGUUGCUUGAAGUAGGCCAGAAUGAUGUCUUCCAAUUCCUUUUGAUCCGUAAAGCGUUUCCCUGCCAAAAAUUUCUUUAAUUAAAGAUCCGAAUAAAUGAAAAUAUGAGGGGGCUAAAUCUGGAUUAUACUCCAUAAAUCAAAUCAAAUCAAACCAAAUUGUGGUUGUCAUAGCGAAAUUGGGAGGUCCUGCAACAUCCUCCAUAUAGUCCAAAUUUUGCCCCCUGUUGGAUUUUCAUUUAUUCGGACCUUUAAAAAAAUUUUUGGCCCGUACCUUUAAUAUUGGACUCUUCUUGUAGAUUGCAUCAUUUUAUUUCCAAUAUUAUGCACUUCCAAUAUCUUUGUUUCUUAUUGGGCUGCAAUUUAAAAAGAUUGUAGUUUUAUCUAAUUUUGGUUUUCCCAGAAUUGACUACAGGAAUUUCAUUUCCAUUACUUGAAUUCUACUUUUUUCUCUUUUGUUAGUGUCCAUGUUUCCAAGCAUAGGUCAGAAUGGGAACACGGUGACAGCUAGAUGAAGUCUUGGUGUCGAGCAUACCUCAACAUUGUUAGUUCUAUAUGCAGUUUGAGGUGAAUAUAUACCAUAAAGACAGGUUUCUCUGCCUAAGUAUUGGUAAGCACUUUCCAUCCAAUCUCUAUAUCUAACUGCAGGCAGCCAUCGACAAAAAUUAAAAGUUUGCCAGUUGUAGGUGUUGUGGAAUGCCUUCAGAUUGAUUGGUGAUGGAGCUGUAUUUAUUUAUCUAUAAAGACUAGUCUUACUGUCUAUAUAGUUUCUCACAUUCUAAAAGAUGAGGGGAAAAAAUGCUUGAAUCUGGAAACAAUCAUUUAUAAGAACAUCAUCAGCUGUGAAAAUUAUCAAGUGUGUUAGAAUGAAUGUAUUUGAAAGAGAGAUGACUGUUUAAAAUUUUUCAAAUUUAAAAUUACAAGGAAAGUUAUAAUUAUUUAGAAAGUAAAAAAUAAAGUAAAAUCAAAUAAAAUAGAACAGGAAAUUAUAAACAAAUGAAUUAAAUAUAACACACUACAAUGUUAUGUAGACCCAUGGCCAUCCAUACUAUGUGACUUUUAACAACCACCCUCAUCGAUUCUGCUUCUAGAUAAAGUUAGAAAGGACUUUUGAAUAAAAAUGGUAGUAUCAUAAGAAUAUAAAAUAGCAAUCCAUCUACUGUCUAAGGAUAAAGGGUCGUGGACAUUGAUAAUUCUAAGCUUUUGUGCAAAAUGAUGUAACACUACUCCAUUAAUUUUUUCUCUUCAUCUUUUUGGAUAUGGUGCAAAGUUCAAGUAUUAUCUUUGUUGGUCCAUGACAUUCUUUCAAAAAUAUUGCAUAAAAGAAAAUUCUACUUUUGGUGGGUGCCUCAUAUUUUGAUGGAUAUGUGGGAAAAAUGCAAGGAAUAUGUCAUUAUUUUGAAAAAUCAAUAAGAAUAUCGAUAAAAAGAAAAUUGAAAAUUUUCAUCAAAGAAUAGUAUUUCACUUACAAAAGAAGUUUAAAAGUUCAAUGUGAAUCAUUUAAGUUUGAAUACCAGUCAUCAUCUAUAAUGGAUAAAAGAAAAUUAAACAUUUCUAAGAGAAAGUCAUCUCCCCUUUCAUCUAAUAGUAUUAAGAUUUGUUUUGAAGAUCCUUUGGAAUGUAGUGGAUAUAUAGAAGAUGGUAGUGUAGAAGAUUAUAUGUCAUCACCAGUCUGUGAAAGAAGUGUUUUGAAUAAGAAAAGAAAACAAGAUAGUGACAAAGAUUGCAAUGAGCACUCAAAAUUCAGUAGAAACUGUUCUAAUAAAAGGAUUGAUGUGAGUAAUAGAACAGAAGCAAAUUCAAGAUCAGAUGUCCCUGAAGAUAGCAUUUUAAGUUUAUUUUCCACUUAUGCUCCAAAUGUUACCAGUAAUCAGUUUUAUUUGGAAUCAUCCAUUAGAGACACUAGAAGUAGAAGUGGUAAAAAUAAUGAAAAGCUUCGAGAUAUUGAUGAUCUUUCUAACAGUUCAUCUCAAAAUCUAGGCAAAUUGAAAAUUUUAAAUAAAAACUUAGUUAAUAAAAAGCAAACAUUAAACUUGAAAAGCAACAACACUUUGCUUGAAAUUUGUCCAAAUAAGAAGAGUAAUACAGAAAAUGUUGUAAAUGUGUCAAAAAUUAUAGAAAAUAAAAAAAAUAAGAGGAAUUUAGAGAUUUCUCAAAAGUCUUUUAUGUCUAUAGAUGGAGGACAAUCUGUCAAGCCAACAAAUUCAAACUCAUUAAAUGGUAAUUUGAAGAUUAAUACUAACACUAAUUCUAAUUCUAUGAAAUGUAAAAAGUUAUUGAACAAAAGAAACAGGAAUUCUAAGAAAAAUGUAAGAAUUACCAGGAGCCAAAAUAAAAAUAUCACUAACAAUGGGAAAAAUUCGAAAAUUUAUGAUAGUUUUUCUACUAUUUGUUUAACUCCAAUGGAAUCUAGUAACAACCUGACAGAUUCAUCUGUUCCAGAUGAAGUAAAUUCAACUUUACACAACAAAACAUUAAAACUGUUUGAACCAUUAUUUACUCCAUCAAAUAAAAAAAGAUUAAAUGGGAGAGAUCUAAAUAAGAAAAUAAGGGAUGCGAUUCAAAUAAUUGAUAAUGAUUUAAAUUCGAAAAAUCUACAAAAUGAUCUGAAAAAUAACAUGAAAAUAACUAAUUAUAUUAAUAACAAGUCUGUUUCUAUUUAUUCAGAAAUUUUAAAAGGUUUGAUAAUAUAUGUGGAUGUAUGGUGUGGAUCAGAUAAUUGUUCUAAAUGUGUUGAAUAUGAAUUAAGACAAAUGGGAAGCCAAAUAGCUCCUUGCAUGAAUCGUGAUGUUACUCACUUGGUUUUUAAAGAAGGAUCCAUAGUUAAUUAUGAAAAUGCUUUGAAAUAUAAUAUUCCAGUUGUCUCAGUACAUUGGGUUGAUGUGUGUAAGAAUUUACGAGUCAAAGUACCCGAAGAAGAAUUUCCAGCCAUAAGUUUUUAUAAUGGUGAAACAAGAAAGAAAACUUACCAGUAUAAAGAAAUUACUACAAAAAAAAUAAUAAGAGUAAUAAAAGAAGUGAAUUCUCCUAAUGCCUCAAAAGGAAUAACAGUAAUUAAGCAUAAUGUAAAUUUAGAAAAAUCAUUUGAAAGCCAGACUUGCUUAACUAUAAAUUCAGAAUCAAAUAAUGAAAAGUUUAAUAUUCUUAAAGAUACAAAUGAAAAUUUGGAAAGCCAUGAAAGAAGUAAAAAUGUAAAAAAUUAUAAAACAAAGAAGAAACAAAAUAAUCGGUCAAAAAUGAAAAUUAAUUCUAAAAAGGAUUUGCAACAAAAAGAUUUUUCAUCAAAUGAUCAAACAGUAUUAAAUAAUUGUUUUGAAAAACAUAAAAGAAAUCAAAAUAACGAUACUUUCAAAGUCAAUACAAAAAAAGCAAAUACAUUAUUAAAAAGAAAUGAACUAGUUUCAAAAACAGGUAAAAAGAAUUUGAAUAAAGAAGAAGAUUCAAAUAUUUGUAAAUCAGUCCAAGGAAAAAGUGAUUUCAUUCUUUCAGUAUUGGAUAAUACUGAAAAUCCACCAGUUUCUAUAAUACAAAAACAAGAUUCCACAAUAUUUGGUAAUUUCAGCAAUCAAACUAAGUUAACUGAAAGUAUUUCUUCCAAUGCUAAUUCAAAUUCAGAGACACUUCUAAUAACAGGCUUGUCUUUAGAUGAACAACAAACUGUAAUUAGAGUUGUAAGGAAACUGAAACGAUUCCAAAUAGUAAAAUGUAUUCAUAACAAUACCACACAUUUAAUUUCUUCUGGUAAGCGAACUAUAAAUGUAUUACUGGCUAUGGCACAAGAUUGUUGGAUACUUUCAUUGGAUUGGAUUCUUCAGUCUGAAAGAAAUGGAUCUUGGUUACCAGAGAAACAGUUUGUACUCACCAACCAUUUUCCUGCUGCUAAAGUUACAGAAAAACCAUCAUCAAUUACGAAAACCAUUUUACAUCAUUUUGGUCAUUUCUUUAUUGGUUCUAAUUGUUCAGUUCCAAAAUUUAUGUUGGAAAAAUUAAUUUAUCUGUAUGGAGGAAAGAAGACCAAGAAUUCUAUCAAUAUCAAUUUCUACAUUACCAGUGUCUUUUGAAGAGUCACUUUGCUGAUCCUG